AUGAUAAAGCAGGUGUUGAUUGGCAUUGUGUGCGGUGCCGCCGUACUGACUGCAGGUAUCCUAAUCGGCCACUUUGGUAUCACCAAGAGCUCGGCACCGUCCUGGGUGGAGGAUGUGGCAAAGGAUGUGGAUGAGAGACUCAUUGAGAAGUUCUUGUCUGAGGUGGACAACAUCCAGAUUCAGGAAAACCUCCGGGAGUUGACCAAAGUGCCCCAUAUGGCCACCACAGCGGGAGACGAGCAGACAGUGCAGUUAAUGCUAAAGAGAUGGCAGGACCCUGAAACUGGUCUGGACCAGGCCUGGAGAGAGGAGUACAUGGUCUACCUGUCCUUCCCUGACCCCAAGAAGCCCAACAAGGUCACUGUAGUGAGCCCGUCUGAUGAGGUGCUGUACACUGCCAGAGAAAAAGAAAAGACUUAUCCUUCAGACCAAGAUGAUCCUGAGGUUGUUCAGCCAUACGCAGCAUACUCCCCUGCUGGACACCCGAAGGGGAAACUGGUUUACGCCAACCAGGGGAAACCAAAUGACUACCAGCUAUUGAACAACACAGUGGACCUUAGAGGAACUAUCGCGAUCACCAGAUAUGGCGGAGCAGGAAGAGGUGCUAAAGCCAUUAAUGCAGCACCCUACGGAGUCAUUGGUGUGCUUGUCUACACGGACCCUUUGGACAUCAACGAUGGUCUCAUGUCAGACAUCAAUGAGACCUAUCCUCACUCCUGGUACAUGCCACCCUCUGGUGUGGAGAGAGGUUCCUUUAAUGGUCAAUUUGGAGACAUGCUCACACCCUACCUGGCUGCCAAAGAGGAAACCUUUAGAAUACCAGUCGAGGACAUUACAGGGAUCCCUCCAAUUCCAAUUCAACCAAUCGGAUUUGAGGAUGCCUACAGAUUGAUCUGUGAGCUAGGUGGAGAAGCAGCUCCAACUCAAUGGCAGGGAGCAUUCAACUGUACCUACAACUUUGGUCCGGGGUUCCGAAAUCCAUCUGCUUUCAACAACAGUGAUGUGAAACUCGACAUCUUCAACUAUGAAGAGAAGAAGAACUCCUCCAAUGUGAUGGGAGUUAUAAAAGGGAGUGUUGAGCCAGACAGGUAUGUGAUCUAUGGGAACCACAGGGACAGUUGGGUUCAUGGUGCCAUCGACCCCAGCAGCGGGACGUCGGUCAUGCUGGAAUUGACCAGAGUGCUGGGAAAGAUGGUCAAGCAGGGCAAAUGGAGGCCUCGCAGGUCCAUUAUCUUUGGAAGCUGGGGAGCGGAGGAGUUUGGCCUUAUUGGGUCUGCAGAAUACACAGAGCAAUACUUCACCAAACUCAGUGAACGAACCGUCGCUUACAUUAAUGUGGAUAUAGCUGUAUUUGCCAACGCCACUCUCAGGGCUUCUGGGAUGCCAUCACUACAGAACAUCAUCUUCAAAGCCGCAAAACAGGUCAAUGCACCUGGACUGGACUCCACAUCUGUGUACGACAACUGGAUUAAAUAUUCCAACAGGACAAGCCAGGCCAAUGGACUCAUUCCCAAUGUGGGAUACCUGUCAGGAGCAGGGAGUGAUUACGCUGCCUUUGUCCAUUACCUGGGAAUCACUUCCAUGGACAUUUCAUACACAUAUGACAGGAGUAAAACAAAUGCUCGGAUUUACCCUGCGUACCAUACAGCAUACGACACCUUUGACUACGCUUCAAAGUUCAUUGAUCCUGGGUUUGUCAGUCACCAGGCCAUUGCCAGGACAGCAGGAAACGUCCUGAUCCGAUUGGCUGACAGCCUGAUAGUGCCAUUAAACUGCAGUGACUACGCUGAGACUCUGGAGGACUACCUCAACACAGCAGUGACUCUAUAUCAGCAUCAACUGCAAGAAAGGAACAUCUCCAUGGAACCACUAAAACGUGCAGUGGCCAGCUUCCGCAGUGCAGCUACUCAUUUGGACCAGGUGAUACGCAGUUCAGACCUGGCAAAUGAAACGCCUCUGACAGUCAGAAGGAUCAACGACCAGCUCAUGCUGCUGGACCGAGCUUUCUUGGACCCUCUGGCCUUCCCAGAUAAAUAUGCAUACAGGCAUGUUAUCUGGGCCUCAAGUAGUGCCGGCAAGCCAACCUUCCCAGGUCUGGCUGAUGCCUUUGCCAACACUGAGUCACAGUCCAGCGCCUGGGACAAAGUGCACUACCACCUGUCAGUGCUGAGCCAGGCCAUCGAGGGUGCUGCCCACACACUGGGUGACGUCAUAUAGACGAAGAGGAAGGAGGGAGGUACUGCUCUCGCUCAGGGAUGGAAAAAAAAAUGGAUGAUAUUAAGUGAGGGG